AUGUCUUACGGAAAGCCGUCUGAGUAUCAUCCUCGCAAGGUUGGUGCUCUGCACACCAACGAAUUCAGAACCUACAUCGAGAAGGAUGGCGUCCCUGUCUCUCCCUUCCAUGACAUUCCUCUCUAUGCCAAUGAGCAACAGACAAUCUUGAACAUGGUUGUCGAAAUCCCCCGCUGGUCCAACGCAAAGCUUGAAAUCUCCAAAGAAGAAUUCCUGAACCCCAUCAAACAGGAUGUGAAGAAGGGCAAGCUUCGAUUCGUCCGCAACUGCUUUCCCCACAAGGGCUACCUCUGGAACUAUGGCGCAUUCCCCAAAACCUGGGAAGACCCUAAUGUCAUUCACCCCGAGACCAAGGCCAAAGGUGACAACGAUCCACUCGAUGUUUGCGAGAUCGGUGAAUUGGUUGGCUACACUGGUCAAAUCAAACAAGUCAAGGUUCUCGGCGUUAUGGCUCUUCUAGACGAGGAAGAGACCGAUUGGAAGAUCAUUGUCAUCGAUGUCAAUGAUCCUCUUGCACCCAAGCUCAACGACAUCGAGGAUGUUGAACGUCACCUUCCAGGCCUUCUCCGAGCCACAAAUGAGUGGUUCCGUAUCUAUAAGAUCCCAGACGGAAAGCCAGAGAACCAGUUCGCUUUCAGCGGAGAGUGCAAGAACAAGAAGUAUGCCGAGGAAAUCAUCCGGGAAUGUAGUGAUGCUUGGGAGCGUUUGAUUACCGGGAAGCAACAACGCGGUGAUCUCAGCCUAGCAAAUGUCACCAACCAGUCUUCUCCAGACCGUGUCGACCAAAGCGCUCUGUCCAAGAUUCCUCGAGGCGACAACUCUCCUCCCGCACCUAUUGACGGUACUGUGGAUAAGUGGUUCUUCAUCUCUGGUGCGGCCGUCUAA